AUGUCGCUUCCGCCCAGUCUGACCUGGUUGAAGACUCUGUCCAAGUCGCCAACUGUUGGCCAGCUACAAACAGUAGCCCGGGCAUGCGGAGUGUCGAGCAAUGGCACCAAGCGAGUCUUGACUGACCGCAUCGUCACCAGUCUCGCCAGCCCCCGCGCCUUGUCCGCCAAUGAUCGCAUACUGAGCAUUGACAUGGGCCUGCGGAACUUUGCCUUCUGCCUAUUUACGCCGGUCGCAAACUCCCGUCAAGGGCACGGUCUGAAGCCCAAAGGCUCCGUCGUCACCUCGUUACGCAACAGUGGCGAGGCAACAGAGGCCAGGAAACCUCCGAUGCUCACGCUGCACGACUGGAAAGUCCUCGAUCUGGCCGAGGGGAGCGUGGACAUCAAGAACAACCAAGCCCUAAGCCCCAUCGCAGUGGACCUCGUAAACCGUCAUUUGCUUCCCCUGAAUCCCACUCAUAUCCUCAUAGAGCAGCAGAGAUAUCGUUCUGCCGGGGCUGCGGCGGUGCAGGAGUGGACUCUACGUGUGAAUGCGCUCGAAGCCAUGCUGCACGCCAUCCUGACCGCGAUGCGAUCCUUGGAGCUGUGGAAGGGUGAGGUGACGGCUGUAGAUCCUACCAAAGCGGCGCCCUUCUUCUUUGACGAGACUGGAAGGGUGCCUUCUAAGCAGCUAAAGAAAAUGAAAAUCGAUCUAUUGGGCGAAUGGAUCUCAACAAGGGGUGCGGACUUAUUAGAGCUGGGUAGCCCGCAGGUGAAGAAAUUAGCGGCCUCUUUUCUUGAGCACUGGAAGCCAGUGAAGGGGGCUCGGAGAGUCAAAUCGAAAGCCACCGAGGGCAAUGGUGAGGAACAUUUCAAAAAGCUUGACGACCUCACAGACUGCAUCAUUCAAGGAGCGGCAUGGGCGAGUUGGCAGCAAACGAGGCAUAUACUGGCGCAAGAGGGGAUAGCAGAGAAACUAGCUGGCCUAGUCGGGCACAAAUAG